GGCUUGGUAUGUGCAGCCGCUGUCAGGGGAGGGGGCGGUGCGUGGACGCUCAUUCUCUUUAGUGUUUGUCAAUGUUGGAGGUGUGAGCAGCCCGGCCCGGGACAGCCAGAGCAAGAGAAUGGCACACAUCAAGGCACCAUCAUCUGCAUCCAUGUGUGACUCUUCUUUUUCUUCUGUGCUCCCUGCUCCUACCACAAGUUCCGGUCAGCUGAGUGUUCAAAGCUCCCUGAAUGGAUCUGCUACAGAAACGACCACAGAUAGCCCCACCGAAAGUCUUGUGGAUUCAUCAUCCUCUGUAAGCUCGCCAGGAGUGGCCACCGAUGAAGGGCAAGCCAAAUUCUUGGAAGUGCCUCUCCAUGAAAACAUGACAAACCCCAAAGAGAAAACGCCAAUGUGUUUGGUGAAUGAGUUAGCCCGCUUUAAUAGGAUUCAGCCACAAUAUAAACUUCUAGAUGAAAGAGGACCAGCGCAUUGCAAGUUAUUUACUGUUCAGCUCACACUAGGCGAUCAAUCAUGGGAUGCCGAGAGCACUAGCAUAAAGAAGGCGCAACAUGCUGCAGCGAGUCUAGCACUAUCUGAGACCAAGCUCCCUAAACCUGCUGCCAGACAGGCAAAAAACAUUAUCAACAAUAACCCAAAAGCUGCUCAUCUGCAUCGAAUUAAAUAUUCUCCAGCAAGACUCUCUGCUAAAGGUAGCAUAACUCCAACAGUUGAGUUGAAUGGUCUUGCAAUGAAGCGUGGUGAACCGGCUAUCUAUAGACCCUUGGAUCCCAAACCACUACCAAAUCACCGAACGAACUACAACUACAGGGGGAUGUACAACCAGAGGUACCUUUGUCCAAUGCUUAAGACAUUUUACGUCCAGCUUACUGUGGGAAAUACUGAGUUUUAUGGAGAAGGGAAAACUCGCCAGGCAGCAAGACACAAUGCAGCACUGAAAGCUUUGCAUGCUCUGAAGAAUGAACCGAUACCAGAGAGGUCCUCAGUGAACGGAGAGACACGAAGCCCUGAUGAAGAUAAAGAUGCAAACAAGUCUGAAAUCAGUUUGGUGUUUGAGAUCUCAUUGAAGCGUAACCUGCCCCUCAGCUUUGAGGUGACUAAGGAAAGUGGUCCUCCACACAUGAAGAGUUUUGUUACAAAGGUGACCGUGGGCGAGUUCACUGCAGAAGGUGAGGGGAACAGUAAGAAGCUGGCAAAGAGACGGGCAGCUGCCGCUGUACUGCAGGAACUGAGAAAACUCCCUCCUCUCCCUGUGAUUGAGAAACCAAGGCUUUACAUAAAAAGACGCCCCAAAACCAUUAUUAAGGCCUCCCCAGAAUAUGGCCAAGGAAUGAAUCCAAUCAGUCGUUUGGCUCAAAUCCAGCAGGCGAAGAAGGAGAAGGAACCUGAGUAUGUAUUGCUGUCAGAAAGAGGAAUUCAACGCAGAAGAGAAUUCAUUAUGCAGGUGAAAGUUGGAGAAGAAACCGCUACGGGAACAGGGCCCAACAAGAAGACCGCAAAGCGAAAUGCUGCCGAAGCCAUGUUGCUGCAGCUGGGAUAUAAAGCUUCAACACCUGUUGCCGAGAGUGCUACAAAGCAAGGGGAUGUUCAGGCCUGGACAGACCAAGGUUCCGCGGCUUCUGAUCAAUCAAGCACUCCAAAAGGAAUUCUUCAUCUUUCUCCUGAUGUCUACCAAGAAAUGGAAGCCAGCCGCAGUAAGACUGUCUCUACUCCUGCUGUCAAUUAUCUGUCACCCAAAGAAUUGAACCAGACAUCCAGCUCAUAUUUUAGCACAUCUGUAACCCAAAGUUGCACAUCUACAAUUGCCCGAGAGCUCCUGACCAAUGGUAACUCCCCCACCGCAGAGUCUGUUGGAUUUGCAGGCAACAACUUGACAUGUUCCAGCUCCACUGUACAACCUUCCAAGCAGCUCGAGUAUUUGGCAGGCAUUCAAGGCUUACAGGUAAAUUACAGUGAUCAACAGAGUGGGAAUGAGUUCUUGACAUGCUUGACACUUCUGCCGGUGCAGAUGACAUUCCAUGGCAUUGGCAACUCUGUGGAAACCAGCCAUGAUCAGGCAGCUUUAAGUGCCUUGAAACAGUUUUCAGAACAAGGACUUGAUUCCGUGGAAGGCGCUCUCAUGAAAGAAAACGGACCAUUUGAACAAGCCAAGCACCGUGGAGAAAAAGCAGACAAUACGCAGGCUAACUCAGGCACCAGCGCUCAGGACUGCAAGGAUUCAAAGGCCGUCGUCUAGGAGCUUCACGGCGGCCGCUGCAUCCUUAUAAACCUGUCAACACGCAAUAGGGUGUACGUGUACAAGGAAACGAAUCACUAAUACCAUUAAACAAGUCUUAUGUGAAGACAACACUAUCCUAAAGCAAGAGAUAAUACACAGUACUGUUUAUAUUAAGAAGGGGAUAUAUUAGCGUAAAGCACUUCCCUUGCAAUUUGAGACCACAUCUUUAAUUUAAUUGCUUUGAGACAACCGAAACCUGAUCUCACUAGUGCUUCAACUUAGAGUUUAUUAGCAGAAGUGUUACAAGAAAUGAAACUUAACUUUAACCAGAUAAACGUAAAAGAAUAUAUGAAAAAAAGGUUAAGAAAACCACAUUGGUUAGCGUUCUAGUGUUCUGUUUUACCGAUAUACUCAUUAUUUUUGUUUGUUUUUAGUAACCGCUUUGAUAUUUUAAGACUUAACCAAUGACAGUGCUUAGUGCUUGUGAGAGUUGUAGUUGUUGUCUUCAUAUAUAUCCACUGCUUAUCUUUUUUCUAAGGCAAAGCGCAGUCUGAAAUACAUUUACAGCAUUUAGCAAGAUGAUCAGAACUAACAGAAAAAAAUACAAAAAAAAUUAAUCAAAUCAUGACCGACAUUUGCUUAAAAACAUGAGCUGAUGUUUGUAGCAUUAAGUCACAGUGUGCCCCGGAGUCCGCAGUUUAGGUACUACCCACCCUUUAACUGGAAGAAGUUUCUUUUCAAAGUUUUACAAUUUUAUUUGUCCUUUAGCCUGCCCUUCACGCUGUUGUGUGAAAAAAAACAUUUACACCCAUUGUGUUGUAAUGACUCACAGUUACAUCAACUGAGUGUUUUUAAUACCUGCAUUCUGCGCUCAGACAUCAGCUAGCCCAAUGAAGAAAAGCAUGUAUUAAAUGAACAGAAAGAGUUAAUAUGGCUGGAUAGACACUGUCAUAUGUAACAAAAAGGUUUUGUCUAUGACUCUUGUACCGUCUUAAUGCGGGACGGUGUAUUAUGGCCAAAUGCAGUAAAACCACAUCAGUUCAUGUGUAAAUCGGCUUUGUCUGUUUCUUUCAUUUCAUCAUAUGUUCUAUAUGUUGGAAUUGUUGGUGGGCUACUGGGGAUAUUUUUAGCAAACCAUUGCUAUCCUCCCAACACCUCAAUACAGAGGACAUGCAGUUGUCUCAACAGUACACUAUCUUGGUGAUUGACAGAUGAUUAAGUGACAAAAAAAGAUAAGAGGUACGUGUGCCCCUAGUGAAACCUGUGACAGAAAUAUGGCCAAAUGCUUAAAGGAUUCACUUACGAAGUAGCAUUGGGCAGAGGGUACAACACCUAUUCAAAUAUGUAGUUUAAAUCACUGUGAUGCAGCCACGAUUCAAGCAGAGUGCAGGCAAAGCUGACCAAUGCAGCCACUGUUAUUUACCGAACAGAUCAGUCAUAAGGACUGUGGGGGAGAUUCACCAAAACUUGUGCAGAGGAAAAGUCAACCAGCUGCCCCUAGCAACCAAUCAGAUCGCUGCUUUCAUUUUUAAAAGGUCUCGGAAAUUUGAUUUGUUGUUUUGGUCAACUUUUCUGCACAGAUCUUGAUGACUCCCCCUCUAUUCCUUAUAGAAUGCUGGUCUAAAGGGUCUAUUAUCUAAGAAUUAAGGGUCAAGUCCCAUAACCACAUGUAGCAUAGAUAAGCUUAUAAAACAUAACUUUUAUGUGUGCCAAUUAAAAACAUCAAGAUGUAUUGAAACUUAAGGGUUUAAAGCAGAGACUGACCCGCUAUGACCCCAGCUCCUGAGCGCGCGUCAUAGAAGAGGAGUGGGACGAGGGCAUACAGGUACGACCUCCGUCCUCAACAGGUUAAGCCACAUACAUUAACCCCUUCCACUUCAAAAGUUUAAUCUUUUCCCAUUUUCCAUAUAAAAAAUUAUAAAAAUAAACAUAUUUGGUAUUGGCACGUACAUAAUUGUCAAAACUAUUAGAAUAAAACAUUAUUUAUCCUGUACGGUAAAAGUGAAAAAAAAAAAACACCUUGAAUUGUGUUUUUUCUAUCACAUCAUACCCCUUAAAAAAAAAUACUAAACCCCAGAAUUGUAUGUUUUUGCUCAUGUCACAUCCCAGAAAAAAGUAAGAUGUAAAAAACGAUUAAAAAGUCUGAUCAACACCCAAAUGGUACCAAUACAAAAAACAGAUCACGGCACAAAAAAUUAGCUCUCAAACAGACUGGUAUGUGGAAAAGUAAAAAGUUACAGGGGUCAGAAAAUGGCUAUAAGAAUCAAGAUGACCUGUUAGUUUGACCGCACAGUGAAUGGCGUAAAAAAGAAACCACCCCAAAUUUACAAAAUAGCUUUUUUAAUUUUUAAUUUUAUUUUACCUCGCAAAAAUUUUUUUCCCUUUUGAUGCAUAUGUUAUGGAAAAAUUUAUGAAGACAUUACAAAAAACAUUUUUGGAAAGGAGGGAGGGGGGAAUCGCUUUUGGUGUGCUCACCUCCUUAAUAUGGUGGCCCAAUCACAGUGGCAGACCCUAACUUGCUGAACAAUAUGUGAUAAAAAAAAAAAAAAAGGUAGGGGCUCUAUAUGUAUAGGGGCUCUAUAUGCUGGGUUAAUAGUUCAUGAUUGCUAUGGUAAAGGAGUACCUGGUACUGAAAUGUUUCUGCCCUCAAGUGUGAACGAGUUCAUCAGGGAACCAUCGUAGAGAUAUAAUCAAGCAUAGAGAGAAAAUAAAAAAAACAACAACACGAUAAGAAAUAGGGUCUCUUAAAACUCAAUGUUAAGUUGUGCUUCCUCAAGAUAGAAAAUCAAUCCUCGUAAAAAAAGAAUGUAACUCCAGCUGUCCCAGAGGCUCCAUGUGUCUAGACUAUGGAGCAUAGUUGUCCAUCAGAGACUAUGUACGUAUAGGCAUCAAGAGGUGUACCAUACACUACAUGAUAUACGAAGGCCAACAUGUAUAAAUGGGAUAUUGAUACUAACUGGACCACUGUGGAAAAUUACUGUAGGCAUGGUCUACAUGGUAAAAAAUAUCACACAUAGGGUUGAUAGCACAUAAAUGUGAACCAACCAAAAGCGCUUUAUAGGACUCUACAUGCCAUUACAAGAGAUCUUCUGAUAUGCCUAAAUAUCCAUGUAACGCAAGAUCACGGUUAGUAGAUAUAGCAAUAUAGUUGUGCUGCUUGGAUAGAGAUAUAACCCAGGUAGAGCAUAAACAAGGGACCUGUGUAGUAUUAUACCCAUACAGUACUCACACAGAUGCUAUUGGACCACAGAUGGUAUUGUGCAUGUAAAAAAAAAAAACUCUAUAAAUCCCAAAACUAUGUGCCAUGAUUUUAGCACAAUGUAGUUAAUGCGCCCUAAAAUACGGUAUCGAUCUACUUAUAUGAUCCCCAGAUGUCUGGGGGCCCCACCAAUAUGGCAUUAUGCAUGUGAUUGGGGUCCUGAUAGUAAGCGGUCCACAAUGCCUGGCCAGUACAGCCAACGGAAGUUGGCAACCUUAGGCACUACAGAUUUUGGGAACUAUAUCUCCCAUGAUGCUCUUACAGCCAAAAUGCUGCCAAAGCAUCAUUGGAGAUGUAGUCCAAAACUUCUGCAGUGGUUAAGGUUGCCUGUACUUGGUGUAAAUGAUAAAAUUGCAUUUAUUUAUAAUUGCACAAUGCUAAACUUUUCUGGUCUGGAGCAGACCCUCCAUCAGGUAAGUGCAUCGAUGUUUACAUGAAACCUUUCUAGAGACUGCUGCAAAAGCGUAUCCAAAAGGGAGAUGUAAGAAAUGAGAGCAACCCAUAAGGGUCAUUGUGCAUCACUAUCACAAUGUGCAAACAUUCCCUGGUUUGGAAAAUAACCAUAAAGUCAGUGUAUGAAUACAGUCGCUUGAUGGUCUUGAUUGGGAAUAAGGGCACAACUAAUUGCAUUGCAGAAUUGUAUGUAUUCUUGUGGUGUAUGUAGCCAUCUCUACCAUAAACUAUUCGCUGCCAGAGGUUUUUGGACGUUUUUGCAUCACUAUUCAAAAUGUAUAAAGAUUUUAAAAGUGUGGCUAAAUGUGUGAGUAAAGCAGAAAGUUAUAGGCAUGCACCUCUUAAAUAUACCAUUUUAACAGGUGAAUCUACAUCUACAGGCAUAUAGCUUUUUAAAACCGCCAGAACAGAAAGGACCAUGAAUCUGACUUUAAGAAGCCAUGUCCACCUUCACAAGAUUUAUUGCUUAUAAAAAUGAUAUUAAAAAAAGCAACGCAUUAUA